GAGAGGAGAAAACAAAGAAAAAGACUCCUCACAUCACUAUAUAUAAAAGUGAGCAUCUUGGAAGAUCUAUAUAUAUAUAUAUAGAGCCCAGCUUAGCUUCUUGGUUCUUGUUCAAAUUCGCAAGAAGACAGUAUUGCGAUAAUUCAGAGGGAUGAGCAUCGAGACGUUGGAUGAGAUGCUUGUGUCAAGCUGGUACAACGCUCGUUCCUCGGUGCCAUCACCGUACAUACAGCCACCGGAAUGCAGACCAGGGAAUCUCGUCGUCGCUGCAGCUUCCGGUGAGACAAUUCCUGUGGUUGAUCUUGGAGGACAUGAUCGAGAUAAUAUUGUGAAGCAUGUCUUGAAAGCUUCCGAGGAGUAUGGGUUUUUCCAGGUGAUCAGCCAUGGAGUUUCGAAGGAUUUGAUGGAUGAAACUCUAACUAUUUACAAGGAAUUUCAUGCGAUGUCUGGGAAACAGAAAGUGAGUGAAUGUUCUAAGGAUCCAAAUGGAAGCUGUAAGCUGUACACAAGCAGUCAGAAAUACAAUAAAGAGGCAAUUCAGUAUUGGAAGGACUCAUUGACUCACCCAUGUCCUCCUUCUGGAGACUGCAUUCAGUAUUGGCCGGAGAAACCAACCAAGUACCGCGAGGUUGUUGGGAAAUACACAAGAGAACUGAGAAAAUUGGGGCUGAAAAUUUUGGAGUUGCUUUGUGAAGGUUUAGGGCUAAACCCUAGUUAUUUCAGUGGUGAUCUCUCCGAAAAUCCUGUGAUACUGGUUCAUCACUAUCCUCCUUGCCCUGAACCAAGCUUAACCUUGGGUUUAGCAAAGCACAGAGACCCUACAGUAAUAACAAUUCUGCUUCAAGAGGUUCAUGUUCAAGGACUUCAGGUCCUCAAGGAUGGACACUGGAUUGGAGUUGAACCUAUGCCUUAUGCCUUUGUGGUUAACAUAGGGCUUAUCUUACAGAUAAUCAGUAAUGGGAGGCUUAUUGGAGUUGAACACCGAGUAGUGACGAAUUCAAGCAGUUCACGAACAAGUGUUUCCUAUUUCAUUUAUCCUUCAAAUGAAAGCAUUAUAGAACCUGCAAAAGCUUUAAUCAAUGGAAGCACCACAACAAUUUACAGAUCCAUGACUUGUGCAGAGUUUAGAAGAAAUUUCUUCAACAAAGGUCCUAAGGUUGAAGAUGAACUGCAGUCUUAAAUAAAUCUGACAAGCUAAGAAACUGAAGCAGAAAGCCAAACAGUUUUGACUUCUCAGACAAGAACAACUGCUUCAUGUAAUUGUCUUUGAACCAUUAAAAUAAGUUAAAGGUAAAAAACAAUAAAGCUUGGCUACUUGGGUUUUUAAGUCCAUA